GGCAACCUGCCGUUCCUUGGUACUGCUGAUGUCGCUGGCGAAUUCCCCACCGCCGGUAUUGGUGAAAUCCUCUACGGCUGCGGAAGCGGUGCCGUUGGUAUUACCCGCGAGGGUGGACUCGGCUAUGGAGCUGGUUAUGGGGGCGGCUACGGUCUCGGCUAUGGAGGCUACGGCGGAUGCGGAUGUGGCUGCGGCUACUGA